GUUGCUGUAGAUGCUGCUUUUACAUCAAUAUCAAGCCUCACAUCUGAUGAAAAACAUAGUCUUUUUUUUGAUAUAAAUGGAACUUUAGAAGUUCCAGUAAAGGAAUUUGAUGAUAAUUAG